UUAAACAUCCGCCAUGGGAUUGAUCACCUGGUUUCCUUCCUUUUUUUUUUUAAACAAAAUAACCGUUGCCACUUGUCAGAAUAGAAUUGUCAAAAUUUUUCCUUUUCGUCAAUUUUAACAAUUUUGUUGGCCUUAACCGUUUUUUUGCUACGGCUUACGAGAGAACUGCUGGCCUUUUCUCAUUUAUUAAUAUAUUAACAUUUUUUUGAAAAACAAUUAUUACUUUUAAACGUAGUCUAGCUCAGUAUUUUUUUCUAAUUACGUACAUCGUUUUGCCCUCGUAUUUAGAUAUACAUUACAUUUUGUGUACCUUAUUCGUAGGCAUAAUUGACUACAACCAUUUUUAAUUGUUUUCGAAAUAAUAUUCUACUCAGCAAUCUCAGUCAUGAAUAGUUUUGUGCCCAAGUCCAAAGAAAACCAACGACUGCAGAGAGCACCGGCCCCCAAUGUAUCAACACUCCGUCGUCGAACACCAUGUUGUGGAACUACUACAGCCACGACUACUACAAGCACUACUACGACUUCCAGAUCUAUACCUCGUCUCUGUAAUCACUCACCCAAACUUAACAUCAAUAAAACACCGGACCUAUUGCAUCCACCUAAAUUCGGUGGUCAACAAUUAGCAAAUCGCAAACCAGACAUUACCAAAAACUUACCUGGUAAAUCUGUUCUAAAACCACCUCCACAACGUGUUGCUGAAAAACCUAAGGUUCCAUGUCAAGUAACAUUCAAAAUUCCAACUAUAGCCAAUGUACCAAAAAAGUCUGUUACUAAACCACCAAAUGAACCACCAACAACAAUAAAUCAACUGCAAACUAAUAUGAAAGCAGCAAAUUUAAAUACAAAACAAACUACUGAACAAGAAAAUAAUAACAAUAUGGGACUUACAAAUAAAAAAGAAGAGAUGAAAUGGUCUUUGGAUAACUUUGAUAUUGGAAGAGCGUUAGGAAAAGGAAAAUUUGGAAAUGUGUAUCUAGCUAGAGAAAAAAGUUCUGGAUUUAUUGUUGCUCUCAAAGUUUUAUUUAAGACCCAAAUUUUAAAAGCGAAUGUUGAACACCAACUUAAAAGAGAAAUUGAAAUUCAAACACACUUAAGACAUCCUCAUAUUGUUCGUAUGUUUGGUUAUUUUCAUGAUGAUGUUAGAGUGUAUAUGAUAUUAGAAUAUGCACCUAAACAACUUUAUAAAGAAUUACAAGCUCAAGAAAAUAAACGUUUUUCUGAGGAAAAGGCUGCUGUUUUCAUUAAGCAAUUAGCUGAAGCACUGAUUUACUGUCACAAUAAAAAUAUCAUACAUCGUGAUAUAAAACCAGAAAAUCUUUUACUGACAAAAAGCGGAGAUUUAAAAAUUGCUGAUUUUGGUUGGUCUGUUCAUACACUAGUUUCCAAACGUAUGACAUUAUGUGGAACCUUAGACUAUUUGCCACCAGAAAUGGUCAGUGGAGACUCUCAUGACAAAUCUGUUGAUAUAUGGAGUGUAGGUGUAUUAUUAUAUGAAUUUUUAGUUGGUAAACCACCUUUUGAAGCACCAACUUAUGAAGAAACAUACAGAAGGAUAUUAAAUGUUCAAUAUAUUUUCCCUCAGCAUGUAGCUCCUCUUGCUCGUGAUCUCAUAUCACGUUUAUUAAAAGUGAAACCAGAGCUUCGUUUGGCUUUACAAGAUCUGUUACAACAUGAAUGGAUAAAACUGCAUACUCAACAUUUGCCUUCCAACUCUAACAAAUAAUUUUACAUAAAAUAAUUAGGUGCUUAAAUUUCAACUCAUGUAUAGUUUGGGUUUUAUGUAUACUUAAUACUGUUCACAUUAUACAUUUUUAAAUUAUAUCUAAUUUGUAAAUUCAACUAUCCAUAUUUUAUUAGUAUACAAUUUAUUUGUGAUAUCUUAGAUAAAUUUAUAAAUUUUUUACUUGAAACAAACUAUUACUGACUUUUAACACUCUUAUCUUCUUUGAUCAAAAGC